CUUCACCAUAGCUGUGAUGAUUAGGUCUGUGUGUACUGUAUACCAGACCUGUCAUAUCCAUAUCCAAUACAUAUACUUGAACUCCAUACAAUGACAACAUUCGAGAUAGCUGGGGUGAGCAUACCCACCGAAUUACUUGUAAGGAUCUUCAGUGAGCUUGAUCGAGACACUCUGCGUGCGUGCAAGCUAGUGUGCAAAUACUUUAAUAUCGUCGCAAAUGACCCCUUCUUGUACACUCGCCUGCCGUUAGCGCUGACGGCGUCUGAGGUACUGUGCGACCGUACGAGAUCGGACUAUGUGAUGUCACGGUUGUCAAGAUACCCAUAUUUGGAAGAGUUUUAUCUACCUUCGGGAUUAGACAGUGGAGAGGGGUUGGAAGCGCUGUUGAGACUUGCACCCAAGCUGUCGCGGGUGAAUUUGAGGUAUAUAGACGCUGACCGGUGGAAAGGCAAGGAAAUAAAACAUUUCCUGGAAUCCUUGGUGGAAGUGUUACCGAUACGAAAGAUCUCUGUGCCUGUGAGCAUGGAUGCAUAUACCUUCCUCCAUGUGAUUGAUGUGUUCCAUACUGAGAGUUUCAUACCCUCGACGAUACAAUCCGAGUCCCUACGUGAGCUAUACGCAGCCGACACCCCCAGCACGGCCCAAUUACUGCAAGGGUGUCCCAACAUACAAAAGUUAAUCCUUGCUUAUGCACGCUUAGAGGAGCCAUUGUAUAGUGAUUCCCUACGUACACUAGAAGUAUCCGAGGUGCACGUGAAGGAUGCGAUACUCAACUGUUCGGUACUUACAUCGCUUUCAGUGGACUUUGUAGAUAACUGGGGUAACCUAGCAACCAAGAACUUGAAAUCAUUAACACUCCACGAUGACGGCGACUACGAUCCACCCAUAGACCUCGAGGACCUACCCAAGCUCCAACAUCUAUCAGUCAACUUCAUAACCCAACCACUUGCCAGCGAGCAAUUAGUCUCCCUCACCCUUAGACAACGGGGUGUUAGUGAAGGUCUUAUGGGCACGCCUAAUCUGAAGACGCUAUCGCUACAGACCUCUAUACCGACCUCUAUACCCGCUGGACUACACACUCUCGUGUUAGAUAACCUGUCAUUCUUCCCACCCGAGCCCUCCUUCUUUGACACCGAGCUGCCGAAUCGGCUACACAGGCUGACCACCUUACACUACAGAGACACCGUACGCACAGUCAUUGCAUCCCCUGCCCUGGAGAUACUGCGUGUGAACCGGUUUUUCACCCAUCACGAGCUUGUAGCCACCGUGCGUGCGUGUCCGUGUUUGCGUAAGAUAUACCUGCUGCACGGGCGGCCUUGGGAGAGAGAGUCCAAUACAAUGGAGGCCAAGAACAGGCAGUGGGGGGACUUCGCAGUAUUGGAGGAGUUGCCCAGUGUGUUCAUACCACUCGACCUCAGUCGCACACAAGGACCGGUUUUCUCAGACUUGUUGCUGGCUGGUAAGGUGUCGUACUUCGGUUGAUGUUGAUAGUUGUUGGAUGAUAUAGAGACCUGUGGUAGUGGGUGGUGGGAUGAUAUAGAGAUACGGUCUAUUAUAAGAUACUAUGUACGGGUGUGUGUUGAAGAUCAAGGUAUAACUAGUAUCGUAUUUCAAUGCAAUGUCUGAUCUGUAUACAAAGAUCUGUGCCGUUCAGUGGGGAGACAGCACGACAAUAGAAGGGAACCCACCCAGUAGCUUCAUACCGCUCGAUCGGAGCACAAACCACCUUACUCAUUAUUCUGAGUACGAUCACAUGACAAGGCCUGGAUCACCUCUAUCAACAUUUAAAGUGAGCCGAGGGGAGUGUGGUCUGAGGAAUAUGCUAUGUGUGUACAGGCAGUUGACACCACAGAGUACUUAUUAUACACAGGCUAUCACUAUCAGCACUUGGGUGUAUACUACCUAGCUGGGUGGUAUGACUUGGGUAUUUGUAUUUCAUGAUCCCAAUUGUAUUACUAUGUAAAGCCUGCCACCCACCGUGCCCAGCCGAGGACUACUAUGUUGCUGCAUUAAACGCGU